AUGGCACAAACUAAGCGUAAGCGCGGCACAGUAGCUUCUAAAAAGAAUAGCCCUAGUACACCUUCCAAAUUGACUGAUACAGUGGUCCCGAAUGGUGAGCUGGCUGCGGCUGAGACGAAGGUGACGAAUAUUGCUGAGCCUCUCGCUCUCGCAAGAAUUAAAGAUGAGUACGCUAUUAUUAUUGAAUUGCUGCAAGGAAGAUUCGGCUUUGUGCGUGCGCUACUUAUCGAAUUUUGGCCAGAAAUGCAACGCGAUCCUCGCGACGAGACACAACUAUCUGUGGAAGGAGAUGCACAGUGGUUCUGGUUCACAGAGAUGCAUUUUAUGGUGAUUUUUCUAUACGAAGUUGCAUUUAUGGAGUUUUCUUUAAGCGUGACGAAGCCAGACUCGAUCACGGUGGAGCAAGAACAGGAGAAGACGACGUUGACCAAUCGUCAAGACAUGGAAGAGCGCGUUAGUUUCUUAUUGAGGUUAAAAAACUAUGUGGAUGAUCUGGCAAAAUGCCGCUUGGCUGCGACUAAACAGGCUGGCAAGAGAUUGCCUCGAGUUUUCCGACUUGCUGAACUAUACAAGCUUUCAGCAGAAGAGACAACACUUUUGCAUUUGCUUGUGGUCAUGCAGGGCUGUCAAAGCAAUGCUGUGCGGUACCAGAUAUUGGAUGAAGAUGUACAACGUCGUGUCUUGACGUAUCAAAGAUUAUCGGGACUGUCGGAAGUCGAUAUUGCUGAAUUUCGUAAUGAUGAGAGAGAACACGUGAAGGAAGGCACACUUCUUGUAGAUGAAGAGACAUACUACACGAGUCUAACAUUGUCGAACAUAUGUGUGCGUGUGCUACUUGGACGGCAUUUGACGAGUAAUCAGGCUUUAAAAGUAAGUCAAACGGCGCUGGAGGAGUUAUUAAAAGACGAAGGUAUGUCAUUUGGCGAGGUGCUGGACUCGUCUUCGAUUUCAGGUACUAAAAUUGCGGGGGCUGGUCAGAAGCGCGAUCGUAAUAGGGAAAAAAUGGAUGAAGACCGAGAAGACGAAGACAUGGACAACAGUAAUGCAACCAGUGAGAGUGAGACGGAAGAUCGUGGCGAUAAUGAAGAUUCGAAUGGUUCGGCGUUUUCUUUUAUCGGUAAGUACAAAAGUGAUAGCAAGCGUGCAAAGCGUCAGGAAAAAGCAGAUGAACAGCUACUGCUAAGAUCAGCUGAAGCAGGUAGUGGAAAUCGUCAUUUGCUGUCGUCUUUGAUGGAUUCGAGUGAAUUGAAGGCUUAUAGUCCAGAAAACCAGCUAGAGUAUCUAGAAGAUCGAUUUCAGGUUGUUGCUUUUGCAAUUAGAGCGUCUGGCGCACGUGUAAAAGACCAGAUGAAGGAAGCAGGUACAAAACAGCCUUGGGAAUCGUCUGCCCCAGCGUCUGCUGGUCGACGGGAGCUCAAAGCCAAGCAGCGCGUUUACAGCCGUCGGUCACAGCACCGAUUGGCUCUGACCCGUCAAGCGGAUCUCCCAUUACCGCGUCUUGAAGAGCUAGCAGUGAAAUUCAAACUCAACCACUUUGAACAAAACGUGAUCGUAAUGCUUAUCGGAAAGACAAUUUCACCAGUGAUUAAAAAUCUCAUUGAUGGCGUGGAUACGUCUCCAGUUCAGCGCAUGGAUGAGAGUGUAAUCAUUAAUCAGAUUUUAUCUAUAUUUUGCGAUACUUUUCAGGAACAAGUGGCUCAUCGUGUCUUCUUUUAUAAGUCUUCGCGAUUGCUGUCUCGUGGACUUGUGAAGCUUCAUCGCGGGCGAUGGCAUUCGACAGCGGGUGAUCUUGUUGAUCAACGCGUAGAGUUGGACCGUCGGGUCUUGGACUGGGUGGUGGGCCUUGACACGGAGAUGAAUGAGCUUGUGGAAGGCUCGGAUUUGUACACUCCGAAAGUCCAGCUGGACCAAGUGGUGCUGCCGGAGGAACACAAGAGCACGAUACUAGAGACAGUUGAGAGCUAUGAAAGUUUUCGGAGAUAUCGCAAGAAAAGUGGACUGGAGCAAGCUGGAAUGGCGUACGGAGCAGGUUUAGUGUUGUUGUUAUGCGGUGCCAGCGGCACUGGUAAGACGAUGACAGUCAAUGCUGUAGCUCAUCAUUUAAAAAAACGUGUGCUUCUGGUGGAUUUUCCGUCGCUGCAGGGAAAACGGCAUGAGGGAAUGGAAACGGAUGCCGAUUUGCGAGGUCUGUUCCGUGAAGCAGAUAUGAGUAAUGCCGUACUGUUUUUUGAUGAGUGUGAGAAUAUCUUUCGGCAGCGAGACAGCGGAGGCGACCGACUGUUGAAUGCGUUGCUGACGGAGAUUGAACGUUAUGAAGGGAUUGUAUUCCUUGCUACAAACCGUCCGUAUGACUUGGAUGAAGCCAUGCACCGUCGUAUUACGGCCGUGUUCGAGUUCAAAGCACCCGAUCACAUUCAGCGACGAAAAAUUUGGGAUGUCCUUUUAAUGCGUGGCUCGUUGAAAACCGAGGAUGGAAUUGAUUGGGAUGCAAUUGCCUUAAAGUAUGAGCUCAGUGGUGGAUUCAUCAAGAAUGCCAUUUUGUCCGCUCUCUUGAAAGCAAUCGCAAGGGAUGCCGAGUCGCCUGUGAUUUCCCAAGCUGAUAUUGUUGCAGGAUGUGCACUGCAGAUGCGUGGUAGUCUGCACAUGAAGACGUUUGAUCACCGUGUUGUACCGACUACGGGACUGGAUGAACUUAUUGUGGAAGACUCGGUAAAAGAUAAAUUGCGCCGCAUUGUGCAGUUUGAGAAGGCUCGCAGUGUCAUUUACGGUCAGUGGGGCUUUGAUUUUGGUCAGUCGAACAAGCAGCAAAAGGGAGUGAGCGUGCUUAUCUGUGGCCCAGUAGGCAUUGGAAAGCUUAAUGCUGCCAAGGCCAUUGGCUUUGAAAUUGGUCGUCCGCUCAAAGUCGUGGGCUUCGGACAACUUGCAGCUGAUUCGGCUGCUGAGACCCGGAAAGCCCUUAGAGCGGUUUUUGACGAUGCUCGACUGAUGGAUGCCGUGCUUGUGCUUACAGGUUUUGAGUCUUUCGGCAGUCAUAUUGAAGGUGGUAUUAUCCCACUGGAUAGUCUCGAGUCCUCUCCUCGCUUUCGCAUUGAAGUCAUGCGGCUACUGGAGCUCAUGAAUACGUUUCCAAGUACGACGAUCUUGCUGGCAAAUGUUGAACGAGCGGCUGCUGCGUCUCUAGUGCAGUCAGAGUUUUGUCGGCGUUUAAAGUUUGUAGUAGAGAUGCGAAAUCCCAAUGCAAAGCUGCGUGAAAAGCUUUGGCGUGCAUGUUUUCCACCCAAUGCACCACUGGAUAUGAACAAACCAAUUGAUUUCCGUCGACUUGCUGAGCGCUAUGAUUUGAGUAAUACAGCUAUUAGCGACGCUGUGUUUCGAGCUGCAGCAAGUGCAGCUUUACGCGAGGAAGCAAAGCGCGUGAUUACGAUGAAGGAUUUGACCGAUGCCGCAGAGAUUGAGCGACAGAAAGCUCGUGGCGGUGCGGGGGCCAUGGACAAUCUCUUUGUUUAG